CCUCCAGACGGCGGUUGGGGCUGGAUGGUGGUUCUGGGCGGGUUCAUCGUCAACGGCUGUACGGGGGGAAUGUUCCGCUCCCUCGGAGUCUUCUUCCUGACGUUCAGCCAAGAGUUUGACGCCAGCGCCGCGGAGACGGCGUGGAUAACCUCUAUCCUGAUGAGCGUCACGUUUUUGCUAUCUCCGGUUGGCACUGCCUUGGCGAGCACCAUAGGUUUCCGUCCGACCAUCAUGUUGGGAGGGGUGCUCACAGCAGCCGGCUACAUCGUCAGUCGUUUUGCGACCCACAUAAUUCACUUGUACUUGGGAAUCGGAUGUCUCUCUGGCCUUGGAUAUGCCAUCACUUUUAGUUCUGCUUCGGCCAUUGUCGGGCAGUAUUUUACCAAAAGACGAGCCAUCGCCAACAGCCUGGCCGUGGUUGGGGUUAGCGUCGCCUCCAUGGCGUUCCCGCCACUUUUCCAGUACCUGAUGGACGAGUUCGGUUGGAAGGGCGCCCUGCUCAUUAUAGGCGGCAUAAACCUGAAUAUGGUUGUGGCUGGAGCCUUGAUCAGACCUCUCGAGGCUUACAGAGACAGGAAGGUCAAAAAUUGUCCCGGGGACAGCAGAAUGAACGACUCAGACACAGUCUUGGAACCUGGCACGGCAAAGAAGUGUUCCGCAGCUGCAACGAACUUUCUGAAAACGUUUUGGGCACAGAUGGACUUUAAAGUGAUCUUGAUACCUUCCGUGGCCCUGUUCUCGGCGUCCUGUUUUAUGAUGAAUAUUUGCCUCUUCUUGCCGUCCCUGUACAUCGUCCCUCGCGCCAAGCAGCUUCAGAUCGAGGACUACGCGGCGGCGUCCCUCCUCUCAGUCAUCUCUAUCGCAGACAUGGUCAGUCGGUUAGCAGUCGGGGCCAUCCCGGACUACUCACGGUUCAACCGGUUUGACCAGUACGGACUGAGUCUGUGCCUGUUAGGCAUCAUCAACCUCCUGUCUCCCCUCGCCAAGACGUACCCGGCGCUCGUGGCGUACGCUAUCGCACACGGGGUGUUCUACGGCGCGUUUGCACCCACGCUACUGACUUGUGUGGCCGAACUCGUCGGCCCGAAGCGUCUUCCCAGUGCAAUUGGAAUUAUCAUGUCAAUAACGGGGGUUGCAUUGCUGGCUGGGCCACCGUUUGCAGGUUGGCUGUUCGACGAGACCCAAAGUUACGACGCCACGUUCCUCCUAGCCGGCGCCGGUUUCCUGUUGGCCGGGCUCUUGCCGUUCCUCCUGCGGCUCAGGAAGAAACGGCCGGCGGACACGACGCAGGAGUCGACAGACUCGCCACAAACAGUGAAGGGGGAACAUGAGACUUUAUUGGUACCUGAACGUGAAACCACUGUGUGAUCAGUGUGCAAUUUAUCAUUGAAAUAAAA